UUCGCCUGACAUCACUGUGGUGGGCGUGGCCAAGCGUCAACACAAUCGGUCACAACAAGCACAUGGAAAAAUGGAAAAUCAAAGUGCGUUUAAAGGAAGAAAGGGUCUAAAGAUGAAUCAGUGGAGUGAGGAGCGAAUGAAAGCUGCAAUAGAUGAGUAUAAAGCACAGGCUGAGUCCGGGCAGAAGCCUGCACUACGAUUGCUGGCAAGGAAGUGGAACGUGCCGAAAACGACCCUUCAGAGACGCGUGAAAGGCCUCGUCGAGGGAUCCGAGCAUGCAUCUGGAAGAAAGCCAUUCAUCCCUGUUGAAUCUGAGCGGGAGUUAGCGCGCCUUCUCGCCUCGCUUUCAGAGAGAGGCUUCUCGUUGAGGAAGACUGAUGUCCAGUCUCUUGCUUUCGAGUUCGCCAAGAUAAAUGGCAUCAGAGGGUUUUCAGAAGAGAAGCAAAAGGCGGGCUAUUACUGGUUCGAGGGCUUUAUGAAGCGAAACCCCGGGCUGAAAAUAAAGAAACCUGAGACUACAUCACCAGCUACAAGAAUGAAUGAAGAAGAGCUGGGGAAAUGGUUCACAACUUACAAAAUCACCCUGGAUGCUUUGGGAAUCAAAGACAUCCCUUCACAUAUUUGGAAGUGUGAUGUAUCAGGAAUACAAGAUGUGUUCUCCUCUCAUCAAUCUGUCGAGGAAAGAGAAGAUCCCUGCAUUCAGAUCACAACCGAGGAGGAAACAGCCUCAACUAUACUAGCAGCAUUCAACGCCAGUGGUGUGUUUGCUCCUCCACUUAUCAUUUCUAAAGGAAUCAAGGUGAGAAAUGAGUGCAUGAAUGAAAACAUGUGCAUGAGAGCAUCAGAUGAUGGCUGGAUAACAGCAGAGCUGUUCCUUGAGUGGGGGGAAAUGUUUGUGGCACAGCUCCCGAAAGAUGACUCCAGGCCCCACCUUCUCCUCCUCGAUGGCCAAAGCAGCCACGUCUUCAACCUCAGCUUCCUCAAUCUCAUGAAGCAGAACGAUGUGGAGGUCAUAUGCUAUCCUGCACCGCAGCCAGCUCUGUGUAGGAGCCUCAAACUCAACUGGUGUGAAGCGAGUCGCAAGUGGAAUCAGCAGUGUGUGGGAAUGAAGUUGGCCGAAGCACAUCAUUGUUCUGUUUUCAUGGAAGCGUGGAAGAAAACCGCCACUGUGGAAAGAGCCAAGGAUGUGUUCAGAACAACAGGAAUGUUCCCGAUAAACGAGUUUACCUCCAUUGGGCAUGAAAGCACCACGCCAUCCACUGAAGACGCUGCACAUUGCAGCACCGAGAGCAGCUCUCAUGAGCCUCCAGCUGUUGAAGUGGCAUCCUUCAAAGACUUUGUGGUCAUACAAAAGAGUCACAGGGGUGUAAAGACAGUACCAUAUUUACAAAGAAACUCAGAAUACCUUCUUUAUGAUGAACAUUUUAAACAAAAAAAUGAACUGAAUAAAGCCGCCGUCUCCUAUAAAUGCAGGGGCUGCUUCAUAAACCACUGCUCGAGCGACGAUCCGAGAGCUUCUGAAGCGUGGAUCAGAUGCAGCAACUGUAAGGCCUGCUACCACGAGUCUUGUGCGGAAGAGGAUGGGAUAUAUGAAUGGGUUUAUGAUGGAGAUGGUAAUAAGCGAUUAAACUAAAGGGUGAAAAAAAAGCAUAAUUUGAGAACAAGAAAACACAACGACAGAAUAUACCAUUUAGGUUCAUUCAGUCACAACAGUCUAGUGGUGUUUAAAUAAAAUCUGUGUUGAAAUAAAAAAAGUGUUGUUAGAAUAACAAAGA